UGGGGGUGGGGAGCCCCCGAAGCCAGAGGCGCCGGGUUGUCCUGCCUCCCCCGCGGGGACUCGGAACCCCUCCUCCGGCCUGGAUCCUGGGACAGGCCACACACAGCGCUGACCCUGGGAUGAUGCUGACCAACUCUGUCCAGCAGGCUCGGCCGUGAAGACACAUCUGAAUGAGAGCCCUGGGCUGCUCUUGGGGGCCCCCCACCCCGUCUGCUCCCCAUGGUGGGGGCUGAUGGCCCUUCUCAGGCGGGCACCCCGUGCUCUGCUGACGGUGACCCCGUCUCCCCGGACACAGAUGCAGGGAGACGCUGGGGGGAGCACAGUAGGGGCUCGUGUGCAUCCGGCCCCACCGGCCGCCGGUGCCCGGAGCGGCUGGCCACACCUCGCCCAGGCCUGGGGCGUCUUUACCCGCAGGUGGGCACUCCUCGGCCCUGCAGUGACCCUGCUCGGCCAGCAGAGGAGGGUGGCUGCCCGCUCAGCGGCCUUGGCCUUGGCAGGAGCGCGCCCGUGAGCAGGCAGCGCCAGAGAGCGGGCGCUGAGGUCAGAGGGACGCGGCAGGUUUUAUUUUGGGUAUCGGCGACCUCCCUCUUGGGGCGCCAGGCCGGGGGUACUGCAGGACGGCGUCGAGCGGGUGCUGCUGUACGGCUGCCGGCUGCCCAGGGCCUGCAACAGGGAGCAGUGAUGCUCAUCUCAGCCGCCUCCGUGGCCCCUGGGACGGCUGGGCCAUGCCGCCCGGGGCCCCCCGGACCACCACCACCUCUGCUGCCCAAGCCGGGAAAGGACAACCUGCGCCUGCAGAAGCUCCUGAGGAAGGCGGCCCGGAAGAGGAUGGGCGGGGCCGGGCCCCCUGCUCCGCCCGGGGCUUUCCGCACCUCCCUGUCCCCCGUGAGCGAGGCCAGCCGUGACCAGGAGGCCCCGAGCCCACGUCCCAUGGAGGCCCCGCGUCCAGCUGAGCUCCCGUGCCCCACCGAGGCCCCACGCCCCACCGAGGCCCUGCAUCCCAGGGAGGCCCCACGCCCAGCCAACGCCCUGCAUCCCACAGAGGCCCCGCAUCUGGCCGAAGCCCUGCGUCCCCUGGAGGCCCCGCAUCCCGUGGAGGUCCCGCGUCCAGCAGAGGCCAUGUGUCCCUCUGACACCCCGUGCCCCACUGAUGCCCCACAUCUGGCUGAGGCCCCACACCCUGCCAAGGCCCCAAUGGCUGUGGCCGCCACACCCCGCUGCCCCCCGACCCCUGUCAUCCACCACGUGGCCUCCCCCACGCAGAGGUCCACGUUCUCCUUCAGCCUUGCUCAGCGCAGGAGCCUGGCUUCCCACUUCAGGGCCAUGGGCCCCCAGCUCACAGCCCCAGCCCCGGAACCCACGCAGUGCCCCAGCGGCUUCACCCAGGUAGUGGCCCCUGCAGUGAGGGGCAGCCACGUCAGCCAAGUGCAUGUCCGGCUGGCACCAUCCCCGCAGGGCGGGACCCCCGAGCCACCCCCGGCAGCCCCCCAGGAUCAGCACACGGCCCCCUGCCCUCCCGGGGCUCAGCCCCUGAUCCCCGUGGCCCACAUCCGCCCAUUGCCCACUGGGAUGCAGGUGGCCAGUCCCUGGCCUGCAGCGUCCCCAGUGCCCAGGCCUCCCUCCGGCCUGCAGGCCUCGGUGCCCAGGGAGGCUGGCACCCAGGUGGUGGUGCCCAUCACCCCCACCUACUGCUCGCCGGCACCCUCGCCUUUCAGGCCAGGCUCUGGGACCCCCGAAGCUGGGCGCCUGGAGGAGCCCCCCACAGCUGGCCCUGCCACUGAGGCUGAGAGAGUCUCCAGCUCCCGUGGGGCCUCGCCCCCCGCCCCGCUGGCAGGCCCCCACCCCUGCCCGGCCCCAAGAGCCGCAGCCAGGCCCCAGCUCAGCGGCUGGAUGCGCCUCAAGAAGCAGAUGCUGGAGGAGCCGGAGGAGCCCAAGUUCCCAGGGCCGGAGCCCAGCCCGGGGCAGGUGGACCAGGGCAAGACCACCCUUGCCAGCCUGGAGCCCCGGCCCCCUGCCUCCCGGGCCUCCAAGAUGUGGGACGCAGUGCUCUACCGCGUGUCCGUGGCCGAGUCCCGCAGUGGCCAGGCGGGGCCUGGAGCUGGGGUGUGCACCCUGGCCGGCCUCAGGCGCCUGCCCUUCCUUUACCGGCCUCGCUUCAACGCCCGGAAGCUGCAGGAGGUGGCUGCCCGACCCCAUCCCGUGACCUCCCCAGUCCUGGUCCUGAACCCCCAGCCCAAGAACUUCAACCGGACAGCGGCUGGCUGGAGGCUCCACUGAACGGCUGGGUGACCCCAGGGCUGUGGGGUGGACAAGAGGGGCUGAGUGUCCAGCUGGGAGACUGAAGCCGUUCAAGAGGAGAACCUGGAGGCCUGGGGGUCUGGAGGGGCGGUGGGGCGGACGGGAGCAGGAAGGACCACAGCGGGAGAAGGGGAUUAAGCAGGAGGCGGGUUUGGAUGGUGCAGAGGGGAAGAGAGAGAUCUGCUUUGCGGUCGAGUGUGGGGGCUUUUGGGGAGAACUUCUGGGGAGGCAGACAGUUCAGGAGGCCGCCUCGAGGUCAGGGUUGUCUGAGUAACCUCGCAGGGCAGGGCCAGCCUGGGCGUCUGCACAGGGCUUGGGGCAGGGGCUGCAGGGGGCGGUCACCAGCAGAGCCUGGAGGGGCCGUGGCUGCUCAGGAGGGUCUGCCGGGCUCCAGGGAGCUGGGCCGGGUUUAACCCCGGGAGCUCCGGGUGUUGAGUCCUGAAACGUGCCGGGACAAAGACUCUGGGGCCGCUCCCUUCUGCCUAGAGUGUGGGGGAGACUUGCAUCUCCGUGGGGGUGGGUAGUGGCUGGGGGCUCGGGCUCGGGCGGGGUUGCCUCCGUGGGCUGCCCUGGCAGCUGUGCCGCCCGAGGACAGGGCCCUGGCCAGUGCUGGGAGCAGGCCGAGGCCCGGGGGGAGCCGGCCCCUAACUGCCGCCCUGUGCUGUGGCUUCUGCUCCCCCAGACUGAGGGCCGAGUUCAGGGGGGGACUUGCUGAUGAGACAGGAGGUGGGUCUCAGCCUCGAGGCUGGAUGAGGAGACUGGGGGAGAGCAGCCUGGCCCAGCAGCGAGGACCAGCCAUGGCCUGGACAGGUGGGGAAGGGGGCCCAGGGCCUCAUACAGCCGUGGGGCCCCCACUGUGCCCUCAGAGGGGGUCUGACUCAGGACCACUGGGGCUCUGACCAGCAGUGGGGGAGAAACACGGAAGUGCUGUGGGCAGGACUCCACAGGGAAGGAGGUGGUCGGCAGGGGGACUUGACGGGAGCUGCACAUGGAUCCUAGGACCCAGGCAACUAAUAAAAGUGUGCAUGACCACACUGCAGUCGUCUUUCUGCCUCCACCAGGCGAUGGGGCGGGCGGUGGCCACAGGAGCAGCUGCCACUGAGAUAACAGGGAGCGCCCAAGGUUCUGGCACCUCCGAGACCCUGAGCCCACUGAUGGGCGGGGACCGAGCCUCCAGGACUCCCCUUCCGGCCACGCUCACCCUGCAGUGCCCCGG